AUGACUUCAAUUGUGGGAUAUAACCAAUUUAAAAAUGAUGUAAUGGAUUACAAGAAGCCCCAGAAUGACUCACUUUGUUGGCAUAUUCGGCGAAUACCUAAUUGGUUGCCAGAUUUGAGUCUGAUAAAGAUCUUGACUACUGGCUCGUUUCUUGGGCGAAUGACCUUACUGGGCAAACCCUGUCAAGGGAAACCCGUGGACCUCGUGAAUGGGGCAACUUUGGCAAGCAAAGAACCUUCAAAUCAACAACAUUCGUAUCUCGUCCACAAUACGAAUAGGGCUCAGUUGGACAAAAAACGAAAUUCUCUCAUUUUUACGGAUUUUUACCACAAAGAGCAAGACGGAACUACAGAUCGUGGUCAGGUUAGCGUAAAUUUGUGCGCCACAGACAACAGUACGACUGGAUUCAAGGAGGGUGUGGUAGACGUCCGUUUAAUUAUUGCUGCUCUAAGUGUGUUGUAUGGAUUUGAUGCCGUCAUGGGGUGA